UCCGGUAUAUUCAACAAUUGUUGUCAACAAUUCAUUCCUAGAUAAAGUCAAACAGCGAACAAAUCACCGUACAUUUUCAUGAGUUUUGUUUUAGUAAAACCUAAUAAGAGAGAUGCACCAAACCAAAAAUUAAGAACACAAUUGCGGCUGCUGCUAUCAUUCGUUUGAAGAUACUCCCGAACGAAGGUGUAUUUCACCACCUAAUUUUCUGCACUAGAUCCCAUUGAAAUCAAAUUUCAAGAAGAAAUUCGAAGAAAAUUCACGUUCACUAGGUAAAACACACGAUUUGCGGUAACCAAAAUAGUUUACCCAACAUUUAUCAUCUAAAUCGAUCUGAAUAAAGACCAAAUUAGUUUGACAAAAAAUGUCGGACCAUUGCUCGCGAUUGGUUCGAAAAUGCGACGAUGAUGACGGUCCACCCGUAAAACGUCAAAAACUGGAAAAUGUUGAAGUAGCCAAAAGCGACACAAAAAUACACCAACUCAAUAACGAUUGUUUGGAGUUGGUGUUCGGGCAUCUGAAAUUCAAAGACUUGUUCUGUCUGGCAAUGGCAAGUGAUCAACUCGAUAGUGCAGCCGCCAUGGUUUUUCGUCGAAAGUACGGUAAGAACGAAAUUAAAUUCACGGGCGAUGGCAUAACUCACCUCAUCGAAGACGAAUAUCUUGGAUUCAGUGUGAAACAAGCGUCGACCUACAAGUCGUUCCUCCACAAGUUCGGUGCUCAAUUGUCAAAGUUGAAUAUUGAAGUGCAGAGCACGAUGUACACGGCAGUCGAACCCAUUCUACGGAAUGACUGUUUGGUGUCAUUGGUUGAACUUUCAUUGGGAGAUUGUCGAUACGAGUCAUCAAAAUUGAGUGUAUUUGGUAGCAUUGAGCAGCCAUUUCAAAAUGUUGAAAAACUCUCUCUCAACCGUUGCCAUUUGAAUGAAAACGCAUCAAAAUUGAACAAAUGGUUUCCGGCCCUGUCAAGCCUCAGUCUGUAUGAUAACUCAUACUCCGACCCGAAUACUAUCAUCGCCGAAUAUCCGAAAAUUGUGCUUUUUUCAGCUGGGAGUUGGCGUGGUCCAGCCGAUUUGACGGAGGCACAAAUACUCGCCAUUCUACGAUUGAAUCCGACUAUUCAAUGUUUGGACAUUGGACUGGCAGCCGAUGGCAAUGAACUCGAUUUCUAUCGCCAGGUCAAUGACAUUUUACCGCAACUGGAAAGAUUACAAAUGUGCUGGGAAGCAAAAAGUUUUGCAAAUGGCAACGAAGUCAUCACAUUCAAAGCCGUCAAAAAUUUGACACUGAAUUUCACAUUCAAUGCGUUCACUGGUGCACGCGUUCUACCAUUUGCUUUCGAUCAACUGAUGGAGAUGGAAUUGAUCAAUAUGCCGAUUGUGAAUAACACAUGGUUGGAAUUCAUUGGAUACAACAAAAAAUUGACCAAAUUAAUGGUGCUACCGUUCAACGAAGAUGGUUUGUUCAUGGAUCGACCAAACAAUCAAGAUUUACUACGAAUCGCCAAAGAACUGCCCAAUCUCAUCACAUUGGCAAUCGAUGUCACCAGAAUCACCACCGAUUGCAUCGUACAGUUUAUGCAAAUGUGCCAGUCACUAACAACGCUUCAAUUGUAUUGGAACGACCUCAAUUCGUUCAAUCACAAUGUUUGGGUUGAUGGAACGUUUUUUGAGCAAAUCGACGGUGAAUGGAACAUUCCAAAACGUAUCAUCAGCCCAAUCACACUCAAACGGAAAGGCAUUUGACUUGAUGUUUUUCUUCAUCAUUAAAAGAUUUACUAUCGUAAGAUUAUUGAAGAUAAAGAUUCCAAAAAUUGAAUUUUUUUAAAAUGAUUUUUUUUCAAAAAUCGAAAUACUGUUUACAUUCAU